GGCGCUCCACUCUUUCUUCCGAAGCAGAAACUAAUCGCGAACCGUGCCGACGCUCUCGUCCCGCUCGCGCCCCAGCCAUGAGAGUGCUCGCCGUACCCACCCUGCCGUCGCCGGUAGCGCGAGCGCCGUCGUGUCCUUGCUCGUGCUCCUGGGACACCCAGCAGAGGCUCCCGUACAACCGCAACGCCCCCAGGAACCCCAAUUCCGGCAAGCUCAAGGCCCCCGCCCCGACGCCGCCCCUCGCCGUCGCCGCUCCGGCCACCCGUUCGGGCCCUUCCGUCGCGGACCUUCUCAAGCGCUCUGAUGCUCGCCCGCCGCGCGCUGGAGAUGAAUUUUACUUGGGGUAUGAGCUGUGGUUGCCUAGUCCGCCGAAAGUGGAGAAGCCUCGGUCCGUCUACAAUGCCGCGCUGUUAGCUUACAUUGGGGAUAGCAUAUACGAGUUAUAUGCUCGCAGGCACUUUUUGUUUCCUCCCCUGAGCAUUGAAGAAUUCAAUGAUCGUGUAACAUCUGUAGUACGUUGUGAAGCGCAGGAUGAACUGCUUCAGAAGCUGCUUGCUGACAAUUAUCUAUCAGAAGGGGAAAGGGAUGUUCUUCGGUGGGGAAAGAAUGUUGGUACAGCUAAAACACGGUCUAGAAAACGUGCUGGUACUGCAGUUUACAACAGAGCAUCUUCAUUGGAAACUUUGAUUGGUUAUCUGUACUUGACAAAUGUGAAACGCUUGGAAGAUGUUAUGUUAAAGUUGGGAUUCUCAACAGGUGCUUCAUCUGAAUGGCUGCUGAAUGAAGAGACACUACUAGUAUGAAAGAGAGGGAAGAUAAAUACAUGACACAUGGCUGUGACAAUGGCCAGCCACCACUGAACCUCAAAAGUGCAAAUGUGGAGAGCGAAUCAGGAAGAAGGUUUUAAGUCUUGUUAUCUUCGAUUAGAUGAUGAUGUUAGUCUUGCCUUCUUGAUUUGGUAGAAAAUGUUUUGUUCACUGCCAGUAUCGGAAGAAUGUCUGGGUUUACAUGCUCCUGUUGCGCUGUACUACACGCACCACUGGACAACUUAUCGAAAUCAGGUUGUAACUUGUGACAAGGGGGAAAUUUUUCUUAAUUGGCUUGGGUCGUAAGUGUCAAAGCUGCGAAGAAAUGCAUACUCGGUCUCCAUUAA